UUCAAGUUAGGUAACUCUUGUGGUACAAGAUUAAAAUGGAGAACAAGUUGAAGAUUUCUCAGAGUCAAAUCGAGCAACUCCAGCAAGCACUCAGGCUCACUCAAAAACUUAGAACACAUGUUUGCCAGAUUUUUCGUGAUCUUGGAGAUGGAUUUUCAGAAAUUGAUUUAAGUGAUGACAAACCUGAAAAGCAAAAAGAAGUCUUGAACUCCUUGCGGAACACUUUGGAGACUGUAAACAAUGAUUUGAGUGAUUUAGAAAAGGUCGGACAAAACCUUGUCGCCGCAAAUCCCUCAGCUAACUGUGAUCAUGUCAGCCUUGACCCUAUCCUGGACAGAACUCCUUUGUACUCACAGCUUCUCCACUCAUACAAAUGGACAAACAAGAUGCAUGAGCAUGCAACUGUAGCAUUCAACCUUCUGAGCCAGAAUGCCCUUAAGCGCUCACCACAUCAAAGUCUGGCAGGAGGUGGAAAGCGAGCUAAACGUCUUACAAGCACGGCCAGUGCUGUUCCUCCAGCGGUUGUUGAUUCCCUUGUGGCCACUUUGGAUCGGCAGCAUGCAGACAUGCUCAUUACUGUCUCAAGACCCCUUGGCAGUUGUGCAGUUGUGCAGAUUGUUCUUGGACGUGUAUUGAAGGCUUUAGUGGUACUACGAGGUUUUGUAAUUGAAUGGGUGAAAGUAAAAGGCUACAAUGAAGACUUUACAACAGAAGAUGGAAGGGUUGACAUCUGGUCUACAUCUCGUUACCAGGUGUUCAGAAAGAUAUCAGAUCAUGCAGCUGCUGCCAUGCUUCACUACUAUGCUCCAUACAUGCCAGAUAUUGGAAUUCGGUCUUUUGCACUCUGGCUUCAAGGAUACUCCAAUCUCUUCUCUGCCCCAUGCCAUAAAUGUGGGAAGUUCUUGCAGAAUGCCAUGCCUCCAACUUGGAGGGAUUUCAGAACUCGUGAUCCCUACCAUGACGGUUGUCGGCAGUGAAAGUUUACCAUAAAUAAUUCUUAUCAUUUGUGUGGCAAGCAGAGAGAGAGAGAAAAAGGUGGAUGGUGGGAGAAUGUGUAGAUAUGUGCAUGCAAGGCUCUCACUUGACCACAAUGAAUUGAAAUGAAGGAGGCUGAAAUGUAUAAAUUGUAUUCUGUAUAUAUAUAUAGUUUAAAUAGAAGAGUUGCACUGUA